AUGUACAAUCAUCACACAACCUGUUGUAUGGCCGUGUAUUCCACCGGUCUGCACUACAGUCUGCUCUCCUGCUUCUGGUUGUGUACUGUUGGCUGUUAAGGCUAUGUUCCAGCUUGUACUAUGGUUGGCACUGGCACAGCACAGACUGUUGUGUGAUGAUUGAUGUAAAGAAGUUUGUGAAGUAUCAGGAUCUCCAGGGUGACAUCCCACUCUCUGUUUACAUGCCUCUGCUCAUUCCCUCCCUCCAUGUUAGGAGUCUUCUGCACAGCCCUCUGCUUGCUGCUUGCUGUCACAGCUCGCUGUCUGCCAGUGAACGCGGCCCUGUGGGCAUUCCAGCCGACACCUAACCUGUUUUACGACAAUCCAGAGUCCAAUGCGCAGCUGCUGGGGCUGCUCGUGGCUGUGAGUCUUGUCAUCUUACAUCUCAGACUGAUCCUGUGACUGUCACACUGCGCAGAUUUGUGAAACUGGUGUAAUCAUGAAUCCGCCAUUCAAUAUCGGAUUUUCAGAUCACGUGAUGAAUUUCCACCCGGAAGAACAAUUCCCACAGUUCUCUGCUCCCCCAGGUUUUCAUCAUGUGACACAUGGACCUGAGAACAUGAUUCUGAAUGUACCUACCCCUCCCAGUGUUUUUGCCUCCACUACUCCCAGCGUUUUUGCCCCUGCAUCUCUUGAAUCUGGUUCAUCAUGGACACAAGCGGCGGCUCCCUAUGGAUUCAUCACUAAUAACUGGAUGGAGGAGCAACAGUCAUGGUUUCCUCAGCCGCCAGCGCCUUAUCUUUGCAGUGAGGAAACAGAGGAGGAAACUCAGACUCUGCCGAUCACCAUAGGCUUUAGGAUUGGAUUUGAAAAUUAUGGAGACCUGGACGAUCCGACAGUCCAUUACCAUCACAUCGACAGUGUCGGAGUGCACGUUCCAGCAGGGAGACUUGUGAGGAGCCACACACUGGACGCCAGCACUUGGCCAUGGGAUCGCCUGUACAUGGACAGAAAUGAGAUGAGACACCACUCCUUAUAUGACUCUCACAUCACGGCUCCACAGUAUCAUGGAUACAGUAGUCAGACUCAGACGAUUGAUUGGAGAAUAAAACUACAGGAGAUACCAGUAAAAAAGAACCCAGAGGUCGCUGCAUUCUCUGAUGCUGUUUGGCGUAUAAGGCAGAAGUACUGUGCCUAUGAUCAGUCCACCAACUCCGGAAGAUUGUGGAGCGUGGCUGUUCCCUUCCCAGAUGACAUUAAGGACUCAGAAGUAGAAAUUUUCUUUGUUGGUGAUAGUCUCCAUGAUGAACUACACACCCUGCAGAGAGACUCUGUACGUAUCAAAGAUUUAGUCGCUGAAGUUUUGCACCAGAUUGAGCACCCUGCACGGCCUGUGCUGGCAACGUGUCCUCCUGCUUCUCUGUACCCUCUCCUACAUGCACCGUCACAUGACCUAUAUCCUCAUCCACAUGAUUUGUACUCUGUGAAAACGCAGUCACUGUAUCCCUCACUUCAGCUGCCUGUGCAACCGGUUACACCAGGAGAGAAGGCGGAGCCUGUGCCGGGUAUCUGUUACCUGAGCAUCUGUGGCCUCGAUGAGUACUUACAGCCAGCUUACAGUCUACGGAGUCACACAGCCCUGCAGAGAGAGCGCAGUGUUCGUCUCAGGCUCCAUAUUGGAGGAAACCCCCAGCCCCUGCUGGGACGCACGAUUGAAGACGAUCAGAUGGAGUUGAGUCUCUGUGACCGAUUUGAGCACGCUCAGUACUGGCAGGAAAUGAAAAAACGUCUGUUUGGCGCUGUCUCUCACUAUGAAGACCAGGUGCAAUAUUUCCUUCAUAAUCAGUCUGCAGGUGUCAGCCAAAUCCUAGAAGCUGUGAAGGAAAUUUGUUACCUCCUCCGCUCUGUGGAGACCCAGGAAAUCAGCCUCGCCGUCCAGAAUCUGGGCCUGACCUUACAGCAGCCGUCCAUGAACUGGGCACAAUUCCCACAGGUGGCGGAUCCUAUGCAGCUCGCCUUGAUGGAACUCUCUAAGGUUGUCUCUGGGCUCCUUAGCAUCUACAGCCAUAGUUUCCACACAGAUUUCACAGCUGAACUCAAUAGAAAAAACUUCAGAAUGAAGACCAAAUCAACAAUCCUCAGUUUCCACUUAUAUGCUGUGCACAAUCUGCCUGAGAAUUGGAUGAAAAGUGAUAGCUUCUUCUACAUUUCAUGCUCAGUAAUUUAUGCUGGGAGGAAGAUCUGUCCAGAAGUGAAAUCCAGCCAUGUCGCUGCCUCCAAGUCUUUCUUCUUCAGGGCAGUAUGGGAUGAAAUGAUCAGGUUCCAGGUACCCACGUCGUCCUUGCCCUAUGAGUCGAUGCUGGUGCUAAGACUGUGUGCAGUGAACCAAACAACACCUUCUGGCUCUUUCAUUGCUUGGUCUUGCCUUCCCCUCUAUUAUAACCAGCAGAUUGUACAGGGUGAGCUGCUGCUGAAUAUGAUAUCCCACUCUGAGCCCCCCGCAGUCAUCACCCCUGGAGCCUUCGAUGUCUCCCUUCCGACUCUACUAACUGUGCAGGUUGAUUUUCUGGAUUCUGAACACGUAUUUCAGAGGCCGACUGCUGAGGAGACACUGUAUGAUGCAGGCGCUGAGAACUUGGUGCAGCCGCUCCAGUGUCUGGCACAUCGCAGCUCUGUGCUUCUGCUUUCAGAGGUGGACAAGCAGUGUCUCUGGUAUUACCGCCAAUGCCGCCAGAAGCCCGCCAACAUCCUCCCUCUGAUCCUUGGCAGCACUCCCAGCUGGGACCCGGCCUCAGUAUCCGCCAUGUACCGUGUCCUGGAUGACUGGACGUUUUCAGGCCCCCUGGAGGCUUUGGGCCUGUUGAGUCCCUGCUUUGCAGAUGAGAAGGUCCGCACCAUGGCAUGCCAACAGCUGGAGAGGCUGUCAAGUGAUGAACUAUUGAUGUUCCUUCCUCAGCUUGUCCAGGCAGUGAAAUUCGAGUGGCAUCUGGACAACGCUCUGGUGCGGCUUCUUCUCGACCGAUCUCUGCAGAGCAUUCAGGUGGCACACAGGUUGUACUGGCUGCUAACAGAUGCAUCCACUGAAUCUCAUUACCGUGGUUUGUAUCAGCGACUCCUAGAUGCCGUUGAGCAAUGUGUUGGUCGAGCCCUGAACGACCAGUUCUCCAGACAACAGCGACUCAUGAAAAUCCUUAAGGAUGUCGCAGAGAAAGUGAAGAAUUCUCCAGAGGACAAAAGACAGGAAGCUCUGAAGCUUGGACUCAAUGACAUUGACAGGUUUUUUGAAGAAGUUGGAGUUUGUCGCCUUCCCCUGGACCCUGGAAUUGUUGUGAAAGGAAUUGACCGAGAUUUGUGCUCUUUCUUCAAAUCCAAUGCCAAACCUCUGAAAAUCUCCUUCAUCAACGCUGAUCAGCAGGGGCCGAACAUUCACAUCAUGUUUAAGACAGGGGAUGACAUGAGGCAGGACAUGCUCGUCCUUCAGCUUGUAGAACUCAUGGACAGAAUUUGGCUUCAUGAGGGAUUAGAUCUGCGAAUGAUCACCUACAAGUGUGUGUCCAUCGGCCACAAGCAAGGUUUGGUUCAUUUGGUUCCAGAUUCUAUUACUCUGGCCAAAAUCCAGAACAAGACCGGCCUGUUAGGACCUUUGAAGGACUCGUCAAUGAAGAAGUGGUUCUACAACAACAAGAUGGCUUCUGACAACUUCUUGUGCUCCUGUGCUGGUUGGUGCGUCAUCACGUUCCUCCUGGGUGUCUGUGACCGUCACAAUGACAACAUUAUGCUUACCAGCUCUGGUCACAUGUUUCAUAUUGACUUUGGGAAGUUUAUGGGUAAUGCACAGAAGUUUGGAAAAAUUAAGAGAGAUAGGGCGCCAUUCAUAUUCACCACAGAGAUGGAGUCUUUCAUCACUGAAGAAGGUAAACGACCAGAACGCGCUCAGGAGUUUGCGGAGCUCUGCUGCUGUGCAUACAACAUUAUCCGGAGAUACAGUUACCUGAUUAUCACCCUGCUGGAGCUGAUGCUGCAGGGCGGCCUACCGGAGCUGUGCACGGUGGAAGAUCUGAAGUAUGUCCACAAUAAACUGCGCCCGUAUGACUCUGAUGUAGAAGCAGCCAAUUAUUUUACCAGCAAAAUCAAGGAGAGUCUGGAGAGUCCAUCGGUGAAGCUGAACUUCCUGAUCCAUGCAUUUGCGAACAUGACGCCGUCCGAUCUAAGCAGAAUGAGCGAAGAGAUGACCCCAUCCCUCACCAAGUUUAUCAAGAGAGCAGCAGUGAAGGGAAUGCAGAAGGUGCAAAGGGCGAGUGGAAGGAUUCUGAGUGAGCUUGGAGUGCUCAGUGGUACUGAGCCGACGGGCACAAGAGAUUCUGGACGGAUGGUUCAACUUAAGGUUUCAUUCUCUGCCCCAAAGCUCUGCAUAAUUCUAAAACACUUGAGGAAUAUUUAUAUGCCAGAUGGGUCAGAGCCCACUGCCAGUGUCACCAUCUCGCUACAUUCUGGAAUGUGGGAAAUCUCCAGGCAGAAAAUCAGUUCACAGUCAAGAACUUGUGCCCCUGUCUUUAACCAGCUGGUGGAGUUCUCUGUCCCGCAGCUGGACGGUUACAUCCUGAGGAUCCUUGUGAACAGUAAUGGAACUUUCCUGGGACAACUCAGCCUCCCCCUAAGCACCAUCCGACUACAUGAAGACAUCUGGUACCGCCUAGGAGUGUGAGCUGCGGUUUUACAGGAGCUGGGAAUAAUAUGGGACAAUACAGUUUAUAGGUUCAUGGGGAAAUGGAGUCAUGUUGAUUGAAACCCCAAGAAAAUGCCCAACACUUAGUCUAGUUCUUUUGCAGGCCAACUAAUAGCCCAGAGUGAACAAUGACUGGUGCUUUCCAGAAAUUACAUCUAGAAUUACGCCUUUGGUGAUUGAUUAUGUCAUGUAUACUCCCACUUUUCAGGGAUUAUGUCAUGUAAACACUCUCCAGGGAUUCUGUCACGUAAAAUGGCGCUUUCUGGGAAUUCCGGCACGUAAACGGUGGCUCUUCAGGGAUUAUGUCACAUAAACGACCACUCUCCUGGAUUACAUGUGAUAAACACCUGCUCUCCAGGGAUUACUUGUGAUAAAUGGCCUCUCUCCUGGAUUACAGGUGAUAAACGGCUGCUUUCUAGAGAUUACUUUUGAUAAAUGGCCACUUUUCUGGAUUUUAUCUGAUAAACGGCUGUUUUCCAGGGAUUACUUGUGAUAAAUGGCCACUCUCCUGGAUUACAUGUGAUAAACGCCUGCUCUCCAGGGAUUACUUGUGAUAAAUGGCCUCUCUCCUGGAUUACAUGUGAUAAACGCCUGCUCUCCAGGGAUUACUUGUGAUAAAUGGCCUCUCUCCUGGAUUACAUGUGAUAAACGGCUGCUUUCUAGAGAUUACUUUUGAUAAAUGGCCACUUUUCUGGAUUUCAUCUGAUAAAUGGCUGUUUUCCAGGGAUUACUUGUCAUAAAUGGCCACUCUCCUGGAUUGCAUGUGAUA